AUGGACGCUACAGAAAUUUAUAACCAUGUCAACGACCGCUACAGCUCCUUCGCCAAGGGCUCGAGUGAUGCCAAAUAUGGAGCAGCUAUCGCCAAAGCAUUCGGUUACUCCGAAGAAGAGCUCGCCGGAAUUCCACAGGACGCCAAUUUGGGACUCAGCUGUGGCAAUCCACUAGUGAUGGCCAAUCUGAGGGAGGGCGAGACCGUGAUCGAUCUCGGUAGCGGGGCUGGGUUUGAUGUUUUCCAAGCAGCGAAGAAAGUGGGGGCAGCAGGAAAGGCCAUCGGUGUUGAUAUGAACAAGGACAUGCUCGCCCGCGCGAACAGAAACAAAGAAACAGUAGGCGCAGCUAAUGUCGCCUUCAUCGAAUCCCCGAUCACAAAGAUUGACCUACCCGCAUCGACCGCCGACUGCAUAAUCAGCAACUGCGUCAUCAACCUGGUGCCUGAGAAUGAGAAGCACGUAGCAUUCGAGGAGAUGUUCCGCUUGCUCAAGCCAGGCGGCCGUGUUGCUAUUUCAGACAUCCUAGCGAAGAAGGCGCUUCCUGAUGCACUGAAGAAGGAUGUUGCCCUCUAUGUCGGCUGUAUCUCUGGUGCCAGCCAAGCCGCUGAUUACGAGAGAUACCUUCGAGAGGCGGGCUUCAAGGGCGUUGCCAUCGUUGACACAAACCGCGAUCUUGACGUUUACACGCAAACACAAGGAAAUUGUCCGAGCGAUACGUGCUGCAGUGCUAUCUCCGUUCAGGCAUCGUGUUGUGAAAAAACGGAGAGUACCGAUGAUACAGUGCUGGAAUAUCUGUCCAAGUACAAUCUGAACGAUUGGGCUGGCUCUUUCCAGAUCUAUGCCAUCAAGGCUUGA